AAUUUCUCAACUUUUUUCUUGUCUUGUUCUCUUCCAACCUAGCUAGGUGAAAGUUAGUCAAAAGGCUAGCGGGUAAUAUCCAGCUACUAUCCGAAGAAAGCUAUUAGAAACACCACAGAGCAGCAUCCUCAAGCGACUCUCGAUCGUCACCGGUCACUGCACUUCGCCACUUUCGGCUCGUGCUAUGAGCGUUUCGACAAAGCUCUUGGAAAACUAUCUCGAACAUCAGCAGACAAAUCCAGGACUCGAAAGAAGCUUCUCAGCACCUGCACUCUCCAAUCGGCUCACCCGUCCCAUCCAAAAACCCACAUUGCAAAACCGAUCUCUCAAAAUGGAUCCAAACGACUCAAGCUAUAUGGGCCGCCAGAACUUUCCUGUUUCUACACCGAUACAAGGGUUUGCUAGUCAAUGGUCUGAAGAAAGAGUUCAUCAGAUUCAAGCUAGACUGGCAAGGAAGCUCGGUCCAGAGUAUAUCACACAAAGACCAGGUCCGGGUGGAACUUCCAAGUUGUGCUACAUUGAGGGCUGGAAAGUGGUGGAGCUGGCAAAUGACGUCUUUGGUUUUAACGGAUGGUCAACGACUGUCGUGUCUCUCACAACCGACUUUCUUGACGUCAAUAAGGACGGUAGGGUAUCUGUUAAUUGCACUGCAAUCAUCAGAGUUACACUCUUAGACGGAACUUUCCAUGAAGAUGUUGGGUGUGGACAGGGAGAUAAUAUGAAAGGCAGAGGUGCCGCGUUGGACAAGGCACAAAAGGAAGCUAUCACGGAUGGUACGAAACGAGCAUUGAGGUCGUUUGGUAAUAUGCUGGGCAACUGUUUGUACGACAAAGAUUACACGAAAGAAGUGGUCAAGAUGAGGGUCCCUCCAGUGCGAUUUAACCGUGAUGCCCUCGAGCGACGACCAGAAUUUUUGCCUGCUGGUGUACCCGCUAUGCCACCUGCCGGCCCAUCACAUGUAUCGCCCAUUCCUUCUCACCUCAAUAAUGCCCCUCGCCCUCAGGCACCUGCUCCUGUCCAAAAUAACAUGUUACCUCCUCCAAACAUCCCACCUCAACCUCCUGCUGCGCCAGCUACUCCAUUAAAAUCUGUCAACGAAAUGCAUGAUGACGAUGUUACCAUUGCUUUGGACGAAAACUUUGACCCAGAAUUUGCCGACUUUUAUGGGAGCGAUUCCAUCUUUGCCGAGCUAGAUGAUCAGUCGAUUCAAGCUGGUCCCAACCUUAGUAAUUCUAAUAAUACGGAUCCAGAGACUCCCAAACCUGUGCCCGUGCCGGAACAGCCAGCCUACCAGAACCGUCAACGUCCCGAUCUCACGAAAGCCGCUUCCGAUAACCAGAUUACUACACCCAAGCCGGCCAAUCAUCAAUUCAAUCCGGCUUUCAAACCGACUAUCAACCCUCAAGGCACCAAUCAUCACACCGAGGCGAACAACGGCCUUCCCAAACCUGGCCAUUCCAAUACUCCGCCCGUCCUGGGCAACCAAAACAACCAAACUGGAGGACCCAGCUCAAGUGCGGGGAGUACUACUGGGUCAAAACCUGUGCUCCCCAAAUCGAGACCAUUAGGUGGUUUUGCAUUUCCCGGAAAGCAAACCCCGAAACAGUCUCGAGCUAACGCCAUAGCUUCCGCCUUUAAACAAGCAGGCCGUACUCCGCAAUCCCCACGGAUACCCUCUGGCGGUGUUGACUUCGUUGCCAAACGAGCAACGACCAAACUUAUGGUGGAAGGCGCAAGGUUGGGGUUGGAAGAGAAUUGUGAUAUUGAUCCUGUUGCCGAUGGAUUUCAGGGAUUUUCUAGUGCGAGAGGUCUGAAAAGAUUAUCGGAAGAACAGCGGAGAAGUAUGUCGCCCACUAAGGAAGCGUCAAAUCCUGGGCUGGCGUCGAGCGAAACCAGGACGGCAUUAGGUGAACUACCAGUGGAAGACGAAAGUAGUUGGUCGUCCAAACGGCCGCGGACGAGUAAAUGAUCCUUUUUCCCGUCUUCCAUGUUUCACUUGAUAGAGCCACCCGUCUCCCUGUACCAUCUUGUGUGAUCCGAAAAAGUACCUAAUUUAUCAGCUAUGACUCUGUACGACAUCUGUUCUCUCAAUGGAAUACCC